CCUAAUGAGUGGAUGAUCACUUACAUACAAUGUGAUUACAGUUCAACCAACGGCUCACUUGCCACUAAUUAUUAGUUUCGGAACAUGUAUGUGCUAAUGUGGAGGUCAAUUUCUUCUGAAAAAAAUGAGACCUACCAUCGCUAAUCUUCUUAUCAGUAGUCCUAAUCUUCUUAUCAUUAGUUCCAUCCGUGAUCAAAAUUAUUUGAGGGUCUUCUUCGAUUUGACAUCACCGAAGAUAGAAACACAAACAAAAGAGAACAGAAAAGUAACACAAACAGGUGGCGAUAUCAUAAAAAAGGUCACUGAUAGAGCUAAUGAACCAAACCAUCUUCAAUGAAAUAAAAAACAACUCAAAAUCUUCUGUAAAAUAAGUAUUCUACCUUCAUUUUUCAAAUUGGGUAUGAAUUCUUCCACCCCUUUCAUUGAGAUGAUAUGCUGUUUUAAAAAAAAAUCAUUUCAUUCGUUUCUAAAGAGGGUGAAGGCAUAACGGAUCAGAAUGGAGCCACAUUUCUUCUGUGACUUUCUUGCGUAGGCCAAGAUUAUGUUAAACUAAACUAACAUUGACGUAUACCAACAGCAGCCAGAAUCAGCCACUUGAUCUAAUAGAGAUCCAAGCCAUGCUCCUGCAACGUUUCACACUUUAUUGCUAACACCACACUUUUUGUGUUUUCUCCAUCAAACUUAUUCUCUAUUAUUGGAUGAGAAUUGUAGACUGAGAAUUCUAGAGUUCCCUUGUCCUUCCCCACUUGGUUGUGACAGAACGCAAUGCGGUAAUGGUUUCAUACUUUCAUAUCUCCCCUCUUGCCUUUUCGCCUAUAGAAACAAAGGGGUUUGCUUGGACGUACCAAUCAUAAUCCAUUCUUAUGGAAUCAUCAACUAACAUAUCUAAAGUAAGAUUCACUUAGACAAACUGUAUACAAAUUUUACUACAACUAACCCCAAUGCUAUCUCCUUACCAACAUCUAAAAAAGCCCAAUGCUAUCUCCUAUUCCAUGUUAAGAUAUGAUUUAGUGAUCCCCCAAUAUUAUGAUUUAUCAGUGGGUUGUGCUUUUCUAAUUUCUUUCACAUCCACCGAAAGGGAAAAAGACUGUUCUCCUACUCACUCCCGCUCAUAUAUCACACACUUCUUUCCAACCCCAAUCAUACACUUCUGUCCUGUUAUUUCCUUAUAAACUCCACAGCUAAAACAGUAUCACAUUUCUGUCUAUCUCCCUAUAUUCCUCUCAAAAGCAUCAUGGUAACUACUCUCUCAAAACAAUCCUACAUUUUGUUCUAAAUUCAUCAAUUUGUCGAUCUCCAACUCUCUUAAAUGGAACAGGUAUUGGUAGCAAGCAAUGGUGAAAAACAAGAAGCAAAUGAUGGUAACACAGUAGAUUUUCGAGGAAAUCCAGCAGAUAAAUCAAAAACCGGAGGAUGGCUUGCUGCGGGGGUCGCCCUAGUUACCGAACUCUCGGAAAGGAUAGUUGUGAUGGGUAUUUCAAUGAACUUAGUGACAUACCUCGUAGGAGAUUUGCACCUCUCAUCAGCUAAGUCUGCAACCGUUGUCACCAACUUCAUGGGCACCCUUAAUCUUCUUGGUCUUCUCGGCGGCUUCCUAGCAGAUGCUAAACUUGGCCGCUACUUGACAAUUGCAAUAUUUGCAUCCAUCACUGCUUUGGGGGUGAUUUUAUUAACAAUGGCCACAACAAUUCCUAGCAUGAGACCACCUCCAUGCGAUGACUACAGAAGAAAACAUCAUCAGUGCAUAGAGGCAAAUGGCCAGCAACUAGCUAUGCUCUACGCUGCACUCUAUACUAUCGCACUAGGUGGUGGGGGAAUCAAGUCGAAUGUAUCAGGUUUUGGGUCUGACCAAUUUGAUGGAGCUGACCCCAAGGAGAAGAAGGCAAUGAUUUUCUUUUUCAAUAGAUUUUAUUUUUGCAUCAGCAUUGGGUCUUUAUUUGCUGUGAUAGUGCUGGUUUAUGUACAAGACAAUGUAGGAAGAGGGUGGGGCUAUGGAAUUUCAGCAGUGAUAAUGGUGAUUGCAGUGAUUGUAUUGCUCUGCGGGACACCAUGGUAUCGAUUCAAGAAGCCCCAAGGAAGCCCCUUAACUGUCAUAUGGAGAGUAUUUUUACUGGCUUGGAAGAAGAGAGGACUUCAUCACCCUUUUCCUCCCAGCCUCUUGAAUCAAUAUGAAAAUGCCAAGGUCCCUCACACAAAGAGGUUCAACUGUCUUGACAAGGCUGCAAUACUAGAAGAUUAUUCGGCUGGCUCAAGAAACAAAAGUGACCCUUGGAUAGUUUCAACUGUCACCGAAGUUGAAGAGGUGAAGCUGGUACUGAAGCUUAUCCCCGUUUGGUCAACCUGCAUUCUCUUUUGGACCAUAUAUUCUCAAAUGACUACUUUUACGGUAGAACAAGCAACUUUCAUGAACAGAAAACUCGGCUCCGUGACCAUUCCUGCAGGUUCUUUCUCUGCCUUUCUCUUCAUCACCAUUCUCCUCUUCACUUCCUUAAAUGAAAGGCUCUUUGUUCCUCUGGCUCGGAGACUCACACACAAUGCCCAAGGAAUCACUUGCCUUCAAAGGGUUGGAAUGGGUCUCAUUCUUGCAAUAGUUGCCAUGGUGGCAGCUGCCAUUAUUGAGAAAGAACGGAGGGACAAUGCUGUUGAAAAGAAAACCCAAAUAAGUGCUUUCUGGCUGGUCCCUCAGUAUUUUCUAGUGGGUGCAGGGGAGGCGUUUGCCUACGUUGGACAAUUAGAAUUUUUCAUCAGAGAGGCACCAGAGAGAAUGAAAUCAUUGAGCACAGGGUUUUUCCUAAGCACCCUCUCAAUGGGGUUCUUUGUUAGCAGUUUGUUGGUUUCCAUAGUCGACAAAGUGACCGAAAAACACUGGCUCAUGAGCAAUUUGAAUAAAGGCAAGUUAGAUUAUUUCUACUGGAUGCUUGCAGUGCUAGGGGUGUUGAAUUUCCUGGUUUUCAUUGUCUUUGCAAGGAAACAUCAGUAUAAAGUGCAACAGUAUGAUUGCUCUAGCGACACAAUGCAGAAGGAACAAAAGACAUCGAAGGAAAUGGCAGUAGUAGCUAUUGAAAUGAAAGACAGCAUGGAGGGACCAUAGUUUUCUGUGAUUAUGUGAUUUAGUUUUUGAGUGCAAUUUACUUUGUGAGUGCAAAAGUUGAUUCUAUAUGGCGUUUAGUUGUAUUUAGAUCCUACUAUUCAUAUUCUCUUCACAAUGGCCCUAAAAAGAAAAAUCAAUGAUCAGGUUUUAUGCUCA